AUGCCUAGAGAACGGCCGCGAGACGACGGCUGCAACGCAAUAGCUAGACUGAUAAAGGACUUGUGCAGUUGUUCAGAGAACGGAGCGUGGUCGCCAGAUAUGACGUCAGAGAAGAGGAAAGAUCCCCUGCUGAAGAGCGAGCUGACCAAUAUGUCGGCGAUGCGGCGACGCAUCAUGACAAUAGCCAAACGGAAAAACAGGGAAGUCAUCCAAGACCCGCCUAAAGUAAACGACAAGGCCCUCGAGAAGAAAAGUGAAACGCUGACUUCAAAUUUAAUCAAUACUACAAUUAGUUCUCAGAGUAGCACGCUUAGGAGAAAUAUUGAUAAUUUUCUACUAUCACGCAGAAUGUUCGCUUUAGAAGAAGAUAUUUACGAGAAGCCUAUACAAUACACAAUUAAAAAUUCUACAUGUGGCGAGAACUGGUCGCUAAGUAAGGCAUGGAAGAAUAACCAUAGUGAUUUCUUCAAUCGCUCCCCGCUAUUGGAUUCUGAACGUCUAAUAGAUCGGAGUUGUACUCAACUGGAACGGAUAGAUGAGAUGCCAAAGAAAAAGAAACGGGAUAAGAAACUGAAAGAGCAGAUACGUUACGAUAGGAAUAUAAAAAGGCACAUAAGGAUAAGGGUGAUGCUGUCUUUGAGGAUGAGAAGGUAUAUGAAAAGAAGAAUGCGGAAGCCACUACAGCUGUCCCAAAACGUGAACGUGCCUCCGAGGAGGUUUCCCAGAGGCUCAUCGACCACAUCCAGUUUUGGUACCAGGUCUUACAGGAGUGUUAUGACGGACAAACUUGGUGAUGGUGCAGUGUUAUUUGACAUUCAUGAAGCGAGAAAUUCGACUCUGGAGCUGUGCCACGAUUAUGAAGAAGAUCUCGACACGCUAGAGAUCGCCUUACGCGCCGGCAAUUUUAGGAGCGGUCGGCUAGCUGUCGAGGGUUGGUGGUGCGGGCGCGCGAUGCCUGCGGGCGGCGGGCGCGCCAACAACGGCGCCCUCGCGCUGCACUACGCAGCGGCGCGGGGCUGCCUCGACUGCGUGCGUCUCCUCGCCAACACCACGCCAGACGUGUCGUGA